GAAGUGAUAAUCAGUUGUAUUGUUGUGACUCUCGACUCGUUAUUUGUGGAAAAUAGUGAUUACAGAUGUGUUUGUUGUCGUUUUCAAAGCAUUUAUUGUAUUAAUAAUAAAAAGUGAUAAAAACAAUCAACAAAUUGUUGUUAAGUUUUAUAUGAUUUAGUGGUGAAUAUGUCGGACAAUACCGGCGACAGUCAUCCGACGGCCAAACCACUGGCCUUUGGUUUCAGUAAAAAAGUCAAACCAAAUACGUUUACAUUGAAUAACAAACUAAAUAACGAAUUGAAAGCCGAAGAAGUGAAUGAUAAUAAAGAUACAGAUUUCGUAUUAGCCAUUGAUGGCCAACAGAUCCAGAGUACUGUUCAAAAGCAAGAAAAGAAGGAACUCGUUAUUCCGCUUAUUGUUAAUAAUAGAUAUAAUUUAAAGUCAAAGAAUUCUGAUAAAUCAUCGAUUAAUAAGUCUAAUAAUAAUAAUAAUAAUAAUAAUAAUAAUACUGAAGAAAUUAGUGACAAUAAGAGUGAUGUUAAAGUUGAAGAGACACUCGAAGAGAGAGCAAAGAAAGAAUUGUUAGAUGAAGUCAAAGAAUUAACUGAAGAUCAAUCUAAGAGUGCCAUCUAUUCUUCGCUAGUAAUUCCUGUGUUGGACUCUUUGGUUCAAAAUAGAGUUCCUGAAGGAUACGAAACAAAUGAUAAUUUUGAUGUCUCUAUCAGACCAACAGAGCCAACACUCGGUGAUUAUCAAUCGAUUCCGGUCGAAGAAUUUGGUUUAGCAAUGCUUAGAGGUAUGGGUUGGAAGACGGGAAUGGGUAUCGGAGUUAAUGCCAAAGAGGCAUAUGUGCCAAUUGAACCCGUCAUCAGACCUAAAGGACUCGGUUUGGGUGCAAACAUAUCGAUUCCAAAACCAGUUUCUAAGAAAUCUGAAGAUCUUAAAGAAGAUUUGCAGCUAAAGAAAGGAUCAUUUGUUUGCAUUGAAUUUGGAGCUCAUAAGGGAUCUUAUGGUGUGAUUGAAGAUUUUGAUGACGAAUUGACAAGAGUUACAGUGAGAUUGACGCUCAAGAAAGAAACCAUCAAAACACCAAUUGCUUUGAUAAGAGUUGUCUCGAAGAAAGAAUUUCAAGACGAAGGAAAAGUUAUUAAUAAAACACAUUUUGAUGAAUACAAACAAAAAGAAGAGAAAAGAGAUAAACAAAAUGGUAGUGAAAACAGCAAAGACUCAAAAGGCAAACAUGAAAUUCAUAGUAAUGUUAGUCAAACUUCAUCUCAUAAAAGACAUCAUUCAUCGCAUCACAAAUCAUGGCUUAUGCCUAACCUUAGAGUAAGAAUAAUCGAUAAAAAAUAUAAAAAUGCAAAGUAUUAUAAAGAAAAAGUUAAGAUCAUUGAUGUCUUAUCCAGCGAUAAGUGCUGUUGUAAGACAAGUGAUAAUCGUAUUUUAGACGAUAUUGACUGUCAUAUGUUGGAGACUGUUAUUCCUCGAGAUAGUGAUUCACAAGUGAUGAUAGUUGAGGGAAAAUAUCGCAAACAAUUGGCAACUAUUGUUGAGAGACAUAAGUCACGAAAUGAGGCCGACGUUCAACUGUUAAGUGAUAAACGAAAAGUUGUGACUUUAAGUUAUGAUCACAUUUGUCAAUAUAUCCAUUGA